AUGACUAAUCCCCAAGACAACCUCGGAACUCCCCCACCAGUCUCCCCCAACACCUCAUCUUCAACUCCUCCUAGUGGACCCCCAAAACCCAGAUUUCGUCGUCAGAAAAUGUUAGCCAGAAAAACAGUUGCAUAUGGUUCUUUGAGGAAAGUCUUGAACGAAAAACUACAGGCUAGUCAAAGGAAGGAAGUUACAACCAAAGAAUGCGACUCAAGCUCUGAAUCUGAGAAAUUUAUCUCUGCCGGUGAAAGAGAAGAACCUGGGUCUUCUGACACUGACAAGAGUCAAGAAACCCCAGGAGAGAAAAAGAAAGGGAAAGUUUUAGCUAUAUGUGGUACUGGAGAAGAGGGAGGCAUGAAGUCAGGGGGAAAUGGGUCAGGUGAAGCUGCUGAGGGUCUGAUAAAUUUGAGUGAACAACCAGAUGAACCUGGUUCAUCUGUGGAGGAGACUUUGGCAGAUAUGCUAAAGAAAGUUGAAGCCAAUCAUGAUCCAAAGAAACGCAAGGCCUCAUCACAAAGGACCCCUAUUGCGUCCAAACCAACUAAGAAGAGCAAAGUUUCAUCACCUAAGUCUGCUGCACCUAGGGGUAGAGCCAUAAGAAGUAGGGUGAGGCAAAGUGAGCAGAACUGCAAAAGGCACUAG